UAUCUCAAGCUCAUUGCUCAAACCCCGCUCAAAGUCAAUUGAAUUUAUUUGUAAAACAAAUAUAAGACCCAAACCCACGCCAAGGACUCGGAAUCGGACUCGUACCCAAGGGUUCAUUGAACUCCCUCCCUAACCAGCCUCAAGGACCCACUCGGUGCGGCGACCCUUACCCUUUACUUGUGUGGCAAGACGAGCGCCGAAAACAUCCCACCUCAGUGGGCCAACGCACACACAAAUACACACAAAACUCUCACUGACAAGUGGACCAAAAGGCGGACAUGCGCAAAUAUCAUUUUGGUAGUGGCAGAAACACAAAAGUUAACGUUAACAGCAGCGCCUAAGAGAGCGAGAGAGAACGCGCAACGGGAGUGCAGAUUAAGAGAGCGCUCGAAAGUCCAACCAAAGAGCGAGAAAUGGCCUUCUCGCGUCACAACAUCGAAAAGCGCCGACUCAUCGAGCUAGUGCGCCUGAAUCCCAUCCUCUGGGACUGUCGCCUGCCACACUACAAGCGUUCGGACAAGAAGAAGGCCAUCAAAUGGAACGAGCUGGGGCGCAUGUUCAAUGUCACUGGGGAGCGAGUGCAGCGCACCUUCACCUCACUGCGGGAGAUCUUUCGCAGAGAGUUGAAUCACGAGAAGAUGCUGGGCACAACGCGCUUCAAGUCCAAAUGGGAGUACUACGAUGCCAUGGCAUUUCUCAAGGAGGUGAUACGUGAGAGGAAAUCGCGGGAGCGCGUUAAGCCCGGUCCCACGGAACCAGCACCCAGAAACAACAACAACAACAGCUCCAACAACAAUAACAACAACAGCAGCAGCGCGGCCAUGGAUGAGUAUCAAUACUUUGCGCCCAGCGAUCCCAACAAUCCCAACAAUCAGCCGCCGGCGCAGCCACAGCCUCAACCAAAGACCAAUCCUUCACCCAGCCUCCUGCCCAGCCUCAGCCAACUGCCCGCCGCUUUGCUGCCACAGGCGCAGCAUUUGCAGGCGCUGCAACUACAGCCCGAUGUGACGCUGACCUCGUUGAGUGCAAUACCCAAGCAGCCCGUGCCCGCUGCGCCUCCCUCGCCCGCUCAGGUGCUGUCCAGCUCACGUUCCUGCAGCUCCUCGCCCUCCAUCUACAUCAAGGAUGAGCCGGGCUCGCCCGAGGAGGCGGAAGCAGAGGGCAGCGCCACAAAGCUGGCCACCAUUCGCCCGCAGACCAAGCAGCAGCUGAAGGCGCGUCUGCAGCUGCCGGCAGCAGCACCCAAGAGCGCCUCCAUCUAUGCCACCUCGCCGCCACGCCUCAUCAUCAAUGCAAACAAUGAGCUGAUCGAUGCGGAUGCUGGGGAUCUGGAUGAGGAUCUGGAUGACUACGACGAGGAUGACGACGACACGGGCCGCUACUCGCCCGUGGUGGAUGUGGAUAUGCUGGGGCCCGAUGGCCGCUUCUCGCCCGGCGGCACCAGCAGCUACACGCGCGUGGGCGGCGGCGGCGGCGGUGGAGGCGGCGGUCGCGCGCAUUCCCAGCCGCGGCAUCUGCCCAGCCCCCGGGAGCUGCUGUACAUGAAAUUCGGCGACUUUCUGGCCGCACGACUGAACACCCUGAACGAGACUGUGGCCAAUGAGCUGAUGAACAAGAUACUGCUGCUCAUAGCAGAGAAGUGAGCGGCAAGAGAGCGAUGAGGAAUGCUCAAAAAUAUGAUUGAAUCGACAAAGGAGUGCUCCCAGCCCAAAGGCUAACUUUUAAGCGUAAUUAAAUAUAAAUAAUAUUAGUAAUAAUUAUAAUAAUAAUUAUUUUAUGCAUGCAUCAAAGUCUGUAUUAUGUGCCAUAAUGCACUAAAAUAUUACAAGUGAA